AUGCAAGAUUUCAUGGAGGCAGCAGCAGUUGUCUUCUUAUUCACCAUAGCUGAGUGGCUUGAAACAAGAGCUAGCUACAAGGCGAACGCGGUAAUGCAGUCUCUAAUGAGCUUAGCUCCACAGAAGGCAAUAAUAGCAGAGACUGGAGAAGAAGUUGAAGUAGAUGAUGUUAAGGUUAACACAAUUGUAGCAGUUAAAGCUGGUGAAACCAUACCAAUUGAUGGAACUGUGGUUGAUGGAAACUGUGAAGUAGAUGAGAAAACCUUAACAGGGGAAGCAUUCCCUGUGCCUAAACAGAAAGACUCUACGGUUUGGGCUGGAACCAUCAACCUAAAUGGUUAUAUAAGUGUGAAAACAAUUGCUUUAGCCAGUGAUUGUGUGGUUACCAAGAUGGCUAAGCUUGUAGAAGAAGCUCAGAGCAGUAAAACCAAAUCUCAGAGGCUAAUAGACAAAUGUUCUCAGUACUAUACACCAGCAAUCAUCUUCAUAUCAGGUUGUAUAGCGGCUGUCCCGGCCAUAAUGAAAGUUCACAACCUAAACCAUUGGUUCCACUUAGCACUAGUUGUGUUA